AUGCAACGUUUGUUUUCUUGCUUUCACUCAUUGUCUCGUCUCCCACUUCGAUCCAUCAGGGCCACCAUGUCUGACACUGCUGCUGCUGCUGCUGUUGCCACCACCACCACCAACAACAACAACACUACCACCACCACCACCGAAACAACAACAACAACAACAACAGCAACAUUGCCACCCAAAUUGGAAGGUUAUGAGUUUUUCAAAAAGACGCUUGGCUCUCCUCGAUUCAUUUUGGCUCCCAUGGUCGAUGCUUCGGAACAGGCUUGGCGUAUCUUGACUCGGCGUUAUGGUGCACAUGCAUGCUAUACUCCCAUGUUCCAUGCACGCUUGUUUAGCGAUCCCCAGCAAGGACACAAGUAUCGAGCUGAUCAGUGGUCUACCGACGAGAACGACAGGCCCACCAUUGUACAGUUUUGUGCCAAUGAUCCUGAUAUCUUGUUGCGUGCUGCCAAGCUAGUGGAGCAUGAAUGCGAUGCUGUCGAUCUCAACCUUGGAUGUCCUCAACAUAUCGCCAAACGUGGUUUCUAUGGCUCUUAUUUGCAGGAUGAAUGGGAAUUGAUUGAAAAGAUGGUGUCGACAUUGCAUCGUGAACUUGCUAUCCCUGUCACUGUCAAGAUCCGGGUAUUCACCGACGUGGAAAAGACCAUUCGAUAUGCAAAGAUGAUUGAAAAGGCGGGUGCUCAAUUGUUGACGGUGCAUGGUCGUUUGCGUGAACAAAAGGGUCAUCAUACUGGACUUGCCGAUUGGGACAAGAUCAAAGCAGUCAAACAAGCACUCAAGAUCCCAGUGAUUGCUAAUGGCAAUAUUCUCUACUAUGACGAUGUCCAACGUUGCAUUGAUUACACGGGUGUCGAUGGUGUCAUGACAGCUGAAGGUGCUCUUUACAACCCCGCCAUUUUCAUGGAUCGCAAGAUGCCUCCUUGUACUUGGGAGAUGGCAAAGGAAUACCUGGAAAUUGUGCGUGAUUAUACCCCAAAGUUGCGACAUGGUAUCAUCAAGGGCCACUUGUUCAAGGUUAUGCAUCCAAGCUUGCCUCAUCACAAGGAUCUACGUGAACGUCUUGGAAAAGCAAGCACUUGGCAGGAAUCAUACGAUGUCGUGCUUCAGCUAAGGGAUCGACUUGAAGAAGAUCGCAAGAGAAUUGGUGAAGAACACUUGAGUGGUCAACCGGACGAGAAGGGUAUUCGUCAAUAUGGUCAUUGGCGUUGUCAGCCGAAUAUCCGUCCUCCUCUUCCUGAAGGAUACGGCAAAAAGAAGGACAAAAAGAACAAGAAUCAAGAGGAAGACAAGGAGAACAAUGAAAAGAAGCGGGACAAUGAGGACUCUGCUGAGCAGUCCAACAAGGAAGGUACUACCAAAAAGGCCAAGGUGGAAGAAGAAGGAUCCAACAAUGACAAUCAAGCACCCACAGUGGCAUAA